CUCGACGUUAUUCACCUUUAUCUCAACGCACACUUCAGCAACACACCCCUCGUCCUCGCCGUUCGCCCCAUCGCGUCGUUUUAACUUGGACGAGACCCGCACUGAUUAUGUCUGGAAAUAAAUUUCCGUGGUUUGGGAUGACGCUCGUGACGACUGGAAUUAUGGGCGUUGGGUACCUGGUCAUGCGAACGACCACGCCGACUUCAGAAGAGCUCUACCAGGCUAUGGCUCCGGAUUUGAGGAAGAGAGUGGACGAGCAGCGGGCACAGAGGGUGGCUCUCGAGGCGUCGAUGAAGAACCAGAACGCGACUGUGUUGAGCGAUCCGGAAGUGGCGAAACCGCUCUGGGCAGAGGACCCACGGAAAAAGUAGACGGAACCACUCUCUCCGGUCGAAAUACGGGCUACUCUGCUCUUAGGAGACCAACUCAGCCCCAGCCUAAGCGGCGCCUCAUAUGUUCUCGUCAUCCACCACUCAUGCGGCACCAUCAUCUCAACAAUUGUCUUACCUACACUACGCCUGGCAUCGGUUUCACUGCCGUUAUUUGGCCAUAUAUUGUACAUUAUCUUAUUGACCUUGUAUUCUCUAAACACACC